AUGCUCAGCGUCAACUUACAGAAUAAACUCACGGUCAAUGCAGGCCAGACCGGGAGCGAGGAGAGGCCGAAUGCGUGCGUAGUGGAAGAAAUCCCGAACAGUAACACUGAAUUUUGGACCGAAUGUCGUUACUGGAGAAGUCGAAAAAUCUGCGGAAAGAAAACGCGCAUCCGGUUCGAGUGCUGUGAAGGCUUCAGCAGGAUCGACGAUGAGGUCGGCUGCACGAGAGUGAAGCCUCUGAAGAACCUCCUGGAGACGGCGGAGGCGCUCGGAGCCACCAAAUGGGCUGAGUACAUCCGGGAAUCCGGCUUGGCCAACGAGCUAGAGACCGCCGGGGCAUACACUCUCUUCGCGCCCACCAACGAGGCCUUCAGUAACCUGCGACGGUCCCUGAAGAGCCAGAUGGAAUCCUACCGAGGGAAUCCUAACAACCCGAUCCUCCUGUACCACAUCCUGCCGACGAAGCUGAAAUCUGACGAGUUCAAGGCGAACCUCAUGGCGGAGACGAGACACCAGGGGCAUAACGUCAGGAUUAAUAAGUAUUCCAACGGGAUGACGACCAUCAACUGCGCCCUCCUCAUCAGGAAGGACCAGCAGGCCACCAACGGCAUCGUGCACGUCAUCGACAACGUUUUGGAUCCUUCUGUGGGCAUCUUGCAGAAUGUUGCAGACAUGGUGCUCAAUGUGAGUCGAAGUUCAGGUUGUUGGUUUAUCGAAUUUUGCGUGUCUAUAUGUCUAGCCUUGCUGCAGAACCACGUGAUCCCGCACGUGAUCUGCGAGUCCGCCAUUACCGGGGAGCACCGAGUUCGCACUAUGCUCGACAGCAAAAUCUCCUUCAACUGCGACAUCGCGGGAGCCUACGUCGAAAACACGAAACUUCGCGGCAACUUCAACCUCGGCAAGAACGGCAUAAUCCACAUGAUCGACGAUGUUCUUCUGCCCGACCGUGCCAAGAAUCUCAUCGAACUCGCCGAGAGCCGCAACCUCUUUACCUUCGUCGAACUCGUGAAGAAAGCCGGCCUCGAGGAAACUCUCAGCCACACCGGAGACUAUACAUUCUUCGUACCUGAUGAAGCCGCUUGGUAUUCUUUGGACUCGGAAGUGCUGAGCGCCGCCCGACGCGACCUGGAGUUGGCCGGCCAGCUGGUGCGCUUCCACGGGGCGUACGGCAGACACAUGACCAACGCCAUCACGGACAACCAGGCUAUCAUGUCCCUGGACGAAGAGAAUCCCGUCCGCCUGCAGGUGUGGCGCCGCGCCCUUGGAGUGGAGGACGCCAAGAUCACCGAGAAGGACAUCGAGGCCCAGAACGGCGUCAUCCACAUCAUCAACAAGGUCAUCGUGCCGUCGAACCAGUCGGUGCAGGAUAUUCUGAGGGCCAUUCCGCAGCAGAGGUUCAACAUCUUCCUGGAGGCGCUGCAGCAGGCGUCGUCGCAGGAGAAUUCCGUGCUGAGCUUGGGGCCUGGCGACGAAGUCUUCUACACCUUCUUCGUCCCUCCCGAUUCGGCCUUCAGACAGCUCAAUUCGGAAACCUUAUCCAAGAUCAAGCAGGACGACCGCUAUCUCAUGGAACUGAUAAAGAGCCACAUCGCCAUCAACAUGUUCCCGGCCACGUCCUUUGAGAAUAACCUUGUGUACACCAUCGAGGGCAUGGGGGGGCCCUUCGACAUCAAGAAGGCAGAUGAAAAUGCCAUCACGGUCAACGGCGCCUCCGUCACCUCUUCCCACAUGAGCGCCAAGGGCGUCAUCCACGUGAUUAACAAGGUGUUCCUCCCGGAGAACUCGUACACUUACUCUAGCUACAGGACAACCAGUUCCUCCUCGUCCCGGGGAUCUGGAAGAAGCUCUUAUUCAUCGUCGUCCUCGUCCUCUUCCUGGGGGUCGACCAAGUCCUCGCGCAGGACCUACAAGAAGACGGUGACCUUAGCGAAGACUUACGGGGAUGAAGGCGGGGAUGACAGCCUGCCUGCCUUCCCACAAGAUGACACUUGGAGUAACACCCCUGAUGACUCCUCCUUUGGUGAACUAGAAGAGACUCACCUCCAGGGCUCGGGAUUCUCAGCACGCGAAUCGGAGGCCUCACAAAAUUCUCUCACCACUAAGCCAGGACUAACAAGGUCUUCUUCUCGAUCCUCUUCACGCAGGACUCACAAAGGCAAAAAACAAGGUGGUGGGUCCUACACUGAACGUGAAGGUUCUUACUCUUCAUCCUCAUAUACACCAUCAUCUUCUUCAUCGUCCUCGUCACACAUUUAUGACUUUGAAACACAAAUAACACGGACCGAAGAGGGUGAAGCCAAAGACUCGGACACAGGCCACGAAACAUACGGGAGUUCCACAACUUAUGGCUAUGACGAUGCCUCACUACACCUCAGUGGCAAUGACGUGUAUGACACGUCUUCCUCACGUCAAGAUAAGUCAGGUUCCCAUGGCAUUUCAACCUCAUCCUCUUCCAGGCACAGAGGGAACACAAACACACACGACAGAUCUUCAACGCACAUCAGUGACGAGUAUGAGAUCAGCAGACGAAGUGAGUUUGCUAAUACAAAUAUCAAUGAUAUAAGUGAAUCGACUGUUUCAUCAUCUGAUUUGGGACGCAAUGAAUUAGAUUUGUCAUAUGAUAGAAACGAAGCACAGAGAACGAGUUCGGACUCCGAUGCACGAGUCGACACUACUACACAAUACACUGAAUCAGACACUCGAUACACUGGCACUCGAACAAGAUAUACAGGGAGUGACACAGACACAAGAUACAGAGGAACUGAUACUAAAUAUACAAGCUCUGAUGCAGACAGACGGCGCACUGAAGCAGAUACCAGGUACACUGGUACCGAUACUAGAUACACUGAAACUGGUACAAGGUAUAUAGAGAGUGAAUCAGACACACGACACACUGAAACUGAUACAGAAAACACUGAAUCUGAUACCAGGUAUACAGGAUCUGACACAGAUAGACGACGCACUGAAACAGAUACCAGAUACACUGAAACUGGAAAAAGGCUUACAGGGAGUGAUGCAGUCACACAGCACACUGAAACUGAUACAAGAUACAGGGGUACAGAUACCAGAUAUACAGGUUCUGAUACAGACAGACGACGCACUGAAACUGAUACAAGGUAUAGAGAGACUGAAGCAGACACGCGACGCACUGGAACUGAUACUAGAUAUGCAGAAUAUGACACAGAUAGACGACGCACUGAAGCAGAUACAAGAUACACUGGUACUGAUACAAGAUACACUGAAACAAGCACACAACACACUGGAACUGAUACUAGAUAUACAGGAUCUGAUGCAGAUAGACGACGCACUGAAGCAGAUACCAGGUACACUGGUACCGAUACUAGAUACACUGAAACUGGUACAAGGUAUAUAGAGAGUGAAUCAGACACACGACACACUGAAACUGAUACAGAAAACACUGAAUCUGAUACCAGGUAUACAGGAUCUGACACAGAUAGACGACGCACUGAAACUGAUACAAGAUACAGGGGUACAGAUACCAGAUACACUGAAACUGGAAAAAGGCUUACAGGGAGUGAUGCAGUCACACAGCACACUGAAACUGAUACAAGAUACAGGGGUACAGAUACCAGAUACACUGGUACUGAUACAAGAUCUGAUACUAGAUAUGCAGAAUAUGACACAGAUAGACGACGCACUGAAGCAGAUACAAGAUACACUGGUACUGAUACAAGAUACACUGAAACAAGCACACAACACACUGGAACUGAUACUAGAUAUACAGGAUCUGAUGCAGAUAGACGACGCACUGAAGCAGAUACCAGAUACACAGAAACUGAUAGAAGAUACACAGGAACUGACACCAGGUAUACAGGAUUUGUCACAGAUAGACGACGCACUAAACCUGGUACAAGAUACACAGGAACGGACUCCAGAUAUGCAGAAUCUGACACAGAUAGACGACGCACUGAUACAGAUACCAGAUACACUGGUACUGAUACAAGAUAUUCUGAAACUGAUACAAGAUAUACAAGGACUGAGGCAGAUACACAACGCACUGGAACUGAUACAAGAUAUACAGGAUUUGGUACAGAUAGACGACGCACUGAAGCAGAUACCAGAUACACUGAAACUGAAGAAGAGACUGAAGCAAACAGACAACAAACUGGAACUAAUACUAGAUAUACAGGAUCUGAAGCAGAGAGACGACGCAGUGAAGCAGAUACCAGAUAUACAGAAACUGAUACAAGAUAUACAGGAACUGACAGCAGAUAUACAGGAUUUGGUGCAGACAGACGACGCACUGAAACUGGUACAAGGUAUACAGGGACUGAAGCAGGCACACGGCACACUGGAACUGAUACGAGAUACACAGGAACUGAAUCCAGAUAUGCAGAAUCUGACACAGAUAGACGACGCACAGAAACAGAUACCAGAUACACUGAAACAAGGUAUACAGGGAGUGAUGCAGCCACACGGCACACUGGAACUGAUACAGGAUACACUGAAACAGGUACAAGGCAUACUGGGACUGAAGCAGACACCCGAAACAAUGAAAAUGACACAAGAUACACAGGAAUUGACACAGACACACGUUACACUUUGACAAGUACAAGGUAUACUGGAACUGAUACGAGAUAUGCAGGAACUGGCACAGACACACAGCAUUCAGAAAGUGAUACAAGACACACUGGAGAUGCGAGAUACACAGGGACUGACCAAGACACCCAACAUACCGGAACAGACACAAGAUAUACUUUAACAACUACAAAAUACUUUAGAAAUGGUACCGCAAACACAGGAACAGAUACAGAUGCACAGUACACUGGAAAGGAUUCUAGGCGUACAGGGACAAACACAUAUACAAGGCACCAUGGGACAGACACACGAUAUGAUGGAACAGAUACACGGUACGGUAUUGGAACAAACACACAAUACUCUGGCACAGGCACAAGAUACACUGAAAAUGAUACACACUACUCUGGCACAGGUGUAGACUCAAGACUUAAUUACUUCAACCGAACAGGUUACACUGGUUAUUCUGGGGGUUCUGGAACAGGUGCAGACUCAACACUUAGUUACUUCAACCGAACAGGUUACACUGGCUAUGCUGGUGGUUCUGGUGCAGGUGCAGACUCAACACUAAGUUACUUCAACAGAACAGGUUACACUGGUUACGCUGGUGGUUCUGGCACAGGUGCAGACUCAACACUCAGUUACUUCAACAGAACAGGUUACACUGGCUAUGCUGGUGGUUAUGGAACAGGUGCAGACUCAACACUCAGUUACUUCAACAGAACAGGCUACACUGGCUACGCUGGUGGUUCUGGUACAGGUGCAGACUCGAGACUAAAUUAUUUCAACCGAACUGGCUUCUCUGAAGGUUCUGGCUCUGGUAUUAACAAUGUAGCUGGUGCACGUGGCGGCUACUCUACUUCCACCUCCUCUAGGACUUACACUUACCAUUACUCAGGUGGCUCCGGACAGCCAGGUGGCUCGCUAACGCAUGGGGAUCUCCAGCCACUGCCCACUGGUGGCUUCAGAACUUACAACUCAACCACCAUUCACCGCGAGACUACAGAUGGUCCAAGCAGCCCAGGUGGGGGGAGGUUCAGUUACGUGGGCCAUCCCUAUGGUUCGGAUGUGAUAGGACACACUGAUACAGUAGGUGAUGAUAAGGCGGCUCUGCCGUUCACCCUCGGACAGGCAGAGUCUGGCGCAGCAUCAGGAAGUACCACCCAAGGGGGGGCUGCUGGGUUUGGAACUAACACCUACCACUACAGAUACUCCUCGCAUGCUGAAGAUAAUGGGCCUAUAAGGGGAGACAAUGCUGUUGCUAGUGGGGGUAUCAGCAGUAGUAGUAGAAGUAGCAGCCACAGAAGCAACAGCCAUAGGAAGUAUGGCGUAAGAACCCACACCGUAGUGACGUACCCAGCCACUGUGGAGACUCACUCACGCAGCACAAAGACGUACACAUUUGGCAGUGGUGGUAAACCCCGAUCGUCUUCUGUUUCAGCCUACGCCUUCACAGGAGACGACACGGAGUACGCCGAUGGCACCGAGUUCGCUGAGGCCAAAUCUGGAGACGAAGAGACUAUUUCCCGCAAGGAGGCCGUUUCCCUCCGCCGCCGCUGGCGCCGCAAGCGUCACCAGAAGCGCGCAGAGGGAAGGAGGCGCCGCGGCCGCAGGGGGGGUAGGCGCAAGGUCGCAACCAAGCAAUAACCUGACGGAGGCGCCACCGUGGUGUUGUUGGAACAAGAACAGGACAAGAACACCACAAGAGCGUAAUGAGACUGCUGACAACGAGGCGCCGUUUACCCCUGUCGGACUUGCCUCCCUGGCCCUGUCUCACACGUAUCACUGCCCGCAUCCUCUCCUCCAGUAUUUUAAGAGAACAUUAUCAUUUCUAAAUGAAUAACACAAUAUUAAGAGAAACAUGGUUACUUAUUUUACGUAUUUAAUCACAAUAUAUUACGUGGCGACCUGCAGUAGAUCUUUCCUUGUACAGUAGAGAUGUUUAGUGUAAGCUUGAGAGAUGUUUGAGUUUUAAGUUCCUCGCUCAUGCCUGUAUACUGGUGCUUUAGUCAAUAAGUGUCAAGUUACUUUUAGUCAGUAUAAAAUCAUCCUAACAUGUAUUGUUAUAUCUUUAAUAAAACGUGAAAAUGUUUGAU